UGUGUGUGUGUGUGUGUGUGUGUUGUCGGCUCGAGACAUUUAAACGCUUAAACCAGCGCGUGAGAAGAAUGCUCCAACGGCUUUAACGGAAAGCGCUCGCGACGCCGGGCUAACCGCUGUUUUUUAACGUAUUUACAACGGCACCGGCGCUGAAACUAACUUUUUAUCUCGGUUGUAAGCGGGAUAGAUUUAGCCCGGGUGGGCUAAGCCUUCCACAUCAAACAAACCCGAGCUAACGCUAGCGGAUGCUAGCCAGCGUUAGCCGCAGGGAACGUUAGCUCGGCACACACCGGGACAUGUGUCGUUUGCAGCGGGACUUACCGGGAUAUUUCACGCUUGUAUAAGCUGACCGUACACAUAUAAAGUGUAGUUUCAAACUCUAGACCCCAGUCUUCCCCACUCAAGAGUGUUUCUUCAUCUCAGAGACUAAAUGCAACUGGACCAGGGGGCUUGUGGGCAUGAAGUGGCUGGGCGAAUCCAAGAACAUGGUAUUAAAUGGCAGACGACACGGAAACAAGUUGACCAGCGAACAACCAGUGAGCCAGAGCCAGACCCGCUCUCAGCAUUCACAGCGAGCGUCCCUGCGCCACAACAAAAACAGAAACCGAAGAUGUAGCCGCAGGUUUAAUGCAGCCAGUCUGGAGGCAGAGAGGCGCUAUGUGCCCUCCUCCGGAAUGACUGCGAAGGAGUUGUGUGAGAACGAUGAUCUGACCACGAGCCUCAUCCUGGAUCCGUACCUGGGCUUUCAAACUCACAAAAUGAACACCAGAUUUCGACCAAUUAAGGGACGGCAAGAGGAGCUGAAGGAGACCAUCGAGCGCUUCAAGAAACACGACAACUUGGAGAAAGCGUUCAGAGCUUUGACGUCUGGAGACUGGUCCCGAAAUCUUUUUCUCCACAAGACGAAAGCUCAAGAAAAGCUCUUCAAGCAGCAUGUAUUCGUGUAUCUUCGGAUGUUUGCCACGGACAGCGGGUUUGAGAUUCUCCCUUGUAAUCGUUACUCAUCAGAGCAGAACGGAGCUAAAAUUGUGGCAACGAAAGAAUGGAAAAGAAAUGACAAGAUCGAGUACCUGGUGGGAUGCAUCGCUGAGCUCUCAGAGAGCGAGGAAAACAUGCUGCUCCGGCACGGCGAGAACGACUUCAGCGUCAUGUAUUCAACCCGCAAGAACUGUGCGCAGCUCUGGCUGGGGCCGGCUGCGUUCAUCAAUCACGAUUGUCGGCCAAACUGCAAGUUUGUAUCGACAGGGCGGGACACGGCCUGUGUGAAGGUUUUGAGGGACAUUGAACCAGGAGAGGAAAUCUCAUGUUACUACGGAGAUGGUUUUUUUGGGGAAAACAAUGAAUUUUGUGAAUGCUAUACAUGUGAACGACGGGGCACAGGUGCUUUCAAAUCCAAAGCUGGACUGCCAGUGGAAGUGCCGGUGAUCAACAGCAAGUACGGGUUGCGGGAAACGGACAAACGUCUCAACAGGCUGAAGAAGAUGGGCGAAGGAAACAGGAGCUCAGAUAGUCACUCAGUAGGCUCCCACACCGAUGUAGACUCUCAGGAAAUGCCAAAAACACAUCAAUCUGCCAGAAAAAGAACAUCGUCAUCAUCUGGCCUGAAGUAUAAAAACAGGACUCAAUCCAGACAGACUUUGUCAAGAGCCCUUACUACCUCAUGUUCAAAACAAGGUCGUGUAAACAAUAACAGGGUACCAAAGAGACUAAAAUCCCAAUCCAAGCCUUCACUAAGUAAAGUCCAGUUGCGGAGUCGCAGGCGGGGUGCAGAGCCCAAGGCGUUGGCCAAAGGUGAGACUUGCCAGCUGGGUCUCAGGGACUCAAAGGUGUCGCUGUGUAAAAGUGUCACCGUCAAGAAGGAGAAGGAUGGACAGGAGCUGGUGCAGCAGACACUAGGCCAGCGGGGCUGCCUCACCCGUCAUGCUGCCAAGGAGAACGGCAAUCUAUCGCACGUGCAAAGCAGCGAGGGCAGCCAGUGUUCAACGUACAGAACUCGCAGGUCCACAAGGACCCUUGUAAAAGCCCAGGAAACGGCAGCUGGCGUUAAGCUGGAGCCCAGUGCUAUGGACGGCUUGAGCCCAGUCCCUGGUGGAGUGGUCAUUAAAACGGAGCCGGCCGACAUGGAGGAGUACCUCCGUCAUGGUGUAGGACUGGAGCAGCCGGCGUUAGACACCGGCUACAGCAGAAGAAGCUCGUGCACCACGCGGAAACGGCUGACACGGCUCAGGACCGAGCGGACGAUUAAAUGCGAGGACUCGUACGGCGAGCCGUUCAUGCCGGUGGCUGCUGGCCACGCCGCUAACUUCUCAGACUGUGGUAAUGUGCUGCUGAGCUUCGCCGACCGACACAGGGACUACAAUGGGGUCGCCAACGGCAGCAAAUCCCUCCGUAGGGACAAGGGCAAGAGUAGCUGCCGGUCGCAGGACAAGGGGAAGAAGAAGCGCCGGAUCACGCGAUACGACGCUCAGUUGAUCCUGGAGAACAACACGGGCAUCCCCAAACUGACACUCCGCCGGCGGAGGGACAGCAGCAGUAGCAAGACCAAUGAUGCCAACGAUCCCAUUGGCUCCUCCAACCUUUCUGCCUCUACGGUCAACUCGGCCUCUUCCAGCAAAAUCAGCAUCAAGUUCAGCAAGGACCACGACAAGGACAAAGGCAGCUCGUACAUAGCCAAACUGAAUAACGGCUUUGCCCCCGUGGUCCACAGCAACUCCACCAAGCUGAAGAUCCAGCUGAAGAGGGAGGACGAUGCUCGGAGAAUAUCCCAGACAAAGGCGGACCAGAUGUCCUAUAACGGGGACAUGGGUCAGGGCCUGGAAGCCAGAAAUGGUGGACAUCGGACCCAAAAGGUCUUGUCGGACCAUUCGUCAGAAGAGGACGACGACGACGAGGAAGGGGAGGACGACGAUGAAGAUGACGACGAUGAAGAUGACGACGAUGACUACUACGACGAUGAUUUCAUUCCACUUCCUCCAGCAAAGCGCCUCCGACUCAUUGUGGGUAAAGACUCCAUAGACAUCGAUAUCUCCUCCAGGAGGAGAGAGGAUCAGUCUCUGAGGCUCAAUGCAUAAGCUGUGGAGCUCAUCACUCCCACCUCCCCCUGUAAAUAAACCAUGACUCGCUAAUCAACUGUUGAGUUGAUGUAAAAGAAGUACAGUAAUUUAAAAACAAAAAAAAAUUGCUGAAAAUUUGAGAAUCUGAACGUUACUAGAGGGUGCUGUUGACCUGAAACAAAUCUGUUUUUCACUUAAGUUGUGUUCGAGGUCGUACCGGAGACGGAUGUUUGAUUGUCGAGACGUCCCAUGGUGUCAAAUAUGUUAUGUAUAUGUUCGACCUCCUGGGAUCGAGACUCGCCGAUCAGACAUCCUUGUCCACCAUGACCGACCGGACCUUAAAGCAAAACUUUACUCUUCAGUCCAUUUUACGUGCAAACUAUGCGACUUGUAAACCCUUGUUAUCGUUUCUGAACAAUCUGGCUGUCUCGUUUUAAGUGAAAACCAAUCAUUUGUUUCAAGUUCAAUUUUUCCUUUAAGUGAAUGCACUUGUUAUAUUCAUAAUGGACAUGGAUAUUGUAGAAAGUGUACAGUAUGGUGACUAUCCCCUCUGUCUCAUAGGCAGGUUUUUAAUUGAACUUUUGAUUUGUUUUUUUUUGUUUUUUGUCUAACACCCCGAGGGGACGCACAGGAGGCCGGAACGCCAAGAUGUGUCCGAUGUCGCCUGAAUUUUGGCUACACAUUUCAAGCGACUCUGGUCUUUCUAAUCACUUUCUAAUAACUUUAUCAGUUUAUAUAGAGACUUUCAUGUGGAUAAGUGGGAAGUUCCCAAGAUACUUGGGGUGGAUUUGGAUAAAUUUUGGGGGAAUUGGCUUCAGAAAAUCAAAAAGUUUGGCAAGUAUGGGAUGCACCAGAAUCAGAUCAUUCAUAUCAUUCCCAGUAGAUUAUUAGUGCUUUUUCUUGGCAGAGUCGCUUGUGAUGCGCAGAAUGAAAUCAAACCGGUGAUGCUUCAUGGCGACUCGCCUCUUGUGCGUCCCCUCCCCGGGUGUCAUAGUUUGUAAUCUUUGUGCGGCAAACCACACUGAACUCGCGGUGUGGUCUGGUUGGUUGGUCCAGAGGCAUUAAUAAGAUCGGUUCAGUCAGUUCAUUUGGAUUCAGGUGCCAUGUUCUCAUUAUCGCAGUAGUUUUUCCUGCUCUUCGUUCAUUAAUCAUUAUUUACUGUGUAAGUUUAAAUCACAUGUCUCUCUGUAGAGUUUGACCACACGAUGUUAAAACCUUUUAAAGCAAGUCUGUACCAUCAUGUUAUUCCCUGUAGCAUCAUAGAAAGAGACACAGAAUUUACAGUUUUAUGUAUAUUAUGGAUUUAACAUGCACCAAAACAAAAUGCAUGUGGAUCUACAGCGUGUUUCGUGACAUUUACAUCGGAGAUGCACAAUUUGUUUGUUUUCCCAGUGGCCAGACUCCUUGCAGUUUAUUCAGAGUGCUGUAAAUAAAAUUGAAGUAAUUUAAGCUGCAGAUUUCCAAGAAAUAAAAGCACACAAGGUUUUUAUAAUCACUUCAGAAAUGAUUGAGAAUAAAUGGACCAGUGUUUCUUUUUUUUAUGUUUGGAGCUGCUGUAUAAUGUUAACAUGGCACACACACACGUGGUGGUUCAACACCCUCAACGACCGAGAAACCAAAUCCAUAAAUAAAAGCUACCUAUAUAAAGUAAUGUACAGAAAGACUGGCUAACCCCUCAUCUGAAUUAUGACUUUAUUUUCUCAAAGUCCAGUCUCACUUUGUUUUUUUUAAGUUAACAUCGACACUAGAGUUUGGGGAGGAAGAAUCACAUUGUCUGAAAUGUUCUUACUUAGCGUAAAAUCAUGUAUUCUUUUUCUCUAUGGUGCUACUUUGAUUUCCUUACCCUCUGUUAUGACUUUCUGUCCUGUGUAACUUGGUAGAUGGCAGCAGCAACAUUAACUUUCAACAGCCCCCCCCCAAAAAAAAUCUGUAGAAAUUCACAUUUUUCCAGCAGCAACACGUUUUUAUCAGUGGAGGAUGCGUGAAGGCAGAACGAGUCGGAUUAGAUUCAAAACGAUGUAAAGACUAAAGUAGGUACAUUCAGAUGAACUUGGCGCGUAGGUUUGCUGAUUAACCGGCUUUAUUGAUGCCGGCGCUCGCUCACUCUCAUUCACUGUCUGCGUGACUCAACCACUCCGCGCCUGGUCUCUCAAAUCAAAUUAAACUUCUCCGUGUGUCUAUUUUGCAGCGUAAAUUUCGGUCAGACACAGAUUUAGAAGUCAGAACAGGUAGAGUUUAGGUAGUCAGAGACAUUUCAGACCGGUCGGAGCGUCUGAUUGUGAAAAGUUCGGCUCAACAUCAUCUAGCAGACACCCUUGCCAAAACACACUUUCCUGACUCAAGUUAUUAGAAAAACCUACUUCUGACUGCGCUCUAAUCCCUGUUAAUCAUCGUUUAUGACCCACUGGAAGCGUGUGGUGGUGUGUCGAUCUGCAGAAACCUUCCCUCAAUUAUUGAAUUUCACAUUUUCUGGCCGUCGAUCGUGCAACGACGGUGAGAGCAAGCUCAGGCAGCAGCUGUUGAACCGAACCCGACUCAUUCUGCCUUCAACUUCUGUUUCAAUUCUUUACAGGGACCUCAGUUUAUUUCAGUUACCGUCUAUCCAACAGCAUUAGGUGCCUUAACGAAGAAGCUUUUUGACACAUCUUAGACCAAAUUUGUGACGCGACUAAUCAGCGCAGAGUGAAAAUGCUAAGCCAUCUGCUUCCACCGUCAGUCCUUCUGUAUAUUAUUUUUGUUGUGCAGACGUGAAUGAACUGUCCAACAACAGAUCAAGGGAUCAACUGAGAUUGAAUGUUAACCCACGUUCUUUUUUUUGUUUGUUUGUUUGUUUUCCUGUGUUUAAUAUGUACUGUUCAUAUCACCAGCAGCUAAUCGCCGUUCUGAACCUGGCUCAGUCUGUCCUCCUUCCUUCCCCUUCUUUCGUCGGACGUCUCCAUCCUACACUGUAAACUGUUCCAGGUGUUACCGUCUGUGUGGUCUUUGUCCAAUAGACAGCUGUCAAGAUUUCCAAUUGAUUCAAAAAAAAAAAAAAAAAGGGGAAAAAAAAAAAAAAAAGGUGAAAAAAAAAAAAGCAAAACAAAUGUGAAUAGUUUGCGGACAUUUUAGCGUGUUGCGUGGGUUAGUGGGAAACAUGUAAAGAGAAUUAAAAAUGGGCAGUGUGUAUAUUGUCCGAUAUGUAAAUCAUGUGAACACAUCUUGUACUUAUUUAACAGUUUUGAAUACUUGAAAACUAUAUAAAGUUUCUUUGUGA